CCAACUCGCACCUCACCCCCCAACGAAUUAUCAACUCGCCCCGUUAGCCGAUGCCGCGGCCGGUCGACAACGCAACCCUUUUCGAAGAUCAGACUCGACUAACCCAGUUACCGUGAACCUCGACUACAGGUUCAUCAAGGCAAACGAAGGAAAACUGCGAGUUUAGCCGACUUAAAGGCGUUCCACGGAGUGGACCACCCCGAGGAGAACCCAACGACGUUGGAGAGACCUGAAUGACCUGCCGACUUCGCAAGGGCCACUUGCGGUAGCGCGCUACCGUCACGUCCUCGCCCCGUAAGGGGCGCGACCCACGAAACCAAUCGACUGAAGACAUGAAGCGUCUAAGAGACGGAAGGCAAGCUCGGCCCCUAGGGGCAAAUGGUGAUACGACGGGACACCCUAGCGGAGACCAGCAGCCUGAAGUCCCGGCACCUGCCGACGAACCAACGACACACCGGACUCGCGGCUGGAAACCGCGUGGCCCCCAAUGGGCCAUCCGCCUCCCGUCAAGCCCAGCUGAGGCGGGUCGGAGAGGCGACACUUAGACAACAGGACAGGAUGCCAUGGUGCCGGCGCGCGGCAGCCAUCCAAGGGUGGAUCGACCAACAAACCCAGGGCCCGGGGACCGACGCCGAAGAGGAAGUAGAGCCCGAUGGCCGCUUCGCAACCGCAGGUGUCCGCUCGGCGCCCAAUCACGACGUCGCCGCCCUGAAUCGCCGUUGGUUCGGGAGUUAUGGGGCUGCCAUCGACGACGACAACGCGACCACGGACACCGACGAGCACGAGACGAUAAUACGCGACGCUCAAAGCCUGGCGUCCACGCUGCAGGACGAAGGGAAGCGACACCCACUGGCUCGCGGGAACGAAUGGGACUCGCCCCUUUGGGCCGAGUGGAACCUGGCCGGUCAAGGUCGGGCAGCCCCCCCUCUAGCAGUACACGACCCGCCGCAGUUGAAUGCGAGCAUCACGCGAAUGAUGCCACCUUACAGACACACGUAUAGAACGUAUCUUAUCGGGUUUCCGAUAAAGAACUCUUGUUUCCCUUCCUCUGAAUGCAACUCGAUUUGAACUGUAAUUAUGGGAAAACGUUUCUCUUGUUUCGUGUCGUUUGCAGCCUGAACGCUAUGUGCCCGGCUCCCCCAUUUUUCGCGACAGCAGUCCAGCGCGCCCCGCCACCUCAGCCUCAGGGGCGCCUAUAACAGCUUCUUCUUGUGACAGUUGAGAACCUUGACGGCACUGGCGUUCCUUACACAGGAGUCAUCACUGUAGCCGUCCUAAUAGGUGCAAGCAUAGCAUUCGAGUGCUGCAAGAGAGUGAGAGAGAGAGUGAGAGAGAGAGAGACAUAGAGAAUAUUGAACGAGGUCAUGACGCUGCUAUGCCUUUCGCUUUCGUUUCGUUGUUUUUCUGCUUCAUUAAAUGUCGCCUUUUGCUGGAUACAAAUCCACACCGCAAAUAUCUUGUAUGGUAAUCCAAGAAA